GACCGAUAAAAGGAAGCGCGUUGUAUCGGGAGCUGCAUAUGAGCCUGUCUGCUGCCGUCUCAGCUCACCAGAUGCCAGCACUGCAGUUUGAGAGAGGUGCAUGUUCGCCACAGCACCACUUUCAGAUGCCUUCGCUGAUAGAAUUACAGCACAGCUGGCUGUAGGGAAGACAUACCAGCAGAGGAAGAGUUGCCACACACUGUGUGCUAUAAGGCAUCAUAGGAUGAGAGGACGGCGAGUCGAAUGACCAUGUGUGAGGCGAACACCAGUGGCUGGAAGAUGACUGUGUUUGGGGUGCUGGGGGCAGAUGGGGUCUCCAGGCAGGGCAACACCCUACAAUUCAUUCUCAUCCUACUCCUGAAGGUGUUCCUCAAUCUGCUGGUGGCCGUAUCUUGCUUCAGCAGCCUGCGACGCUCGCUGAUGGGAUACAUGGCGCACUCUGUGAUCCUGGCUGACGGCCUGCUCCUCUCAGUGGUGACGAUACCCUGGCUCCUCGGGGAGCACGUCGACACUGCGCAGUGCAUGUGCUUUGUGUUGGCGCAUGCCUCAACCAUUUACUCCGUGCUGCCACUCCCAGUUCUGCUCCUGGGGACACUGGAACAUGUCUCUCACCUGCUGCUCGGAGCUCCCCUCACAGACACCCGUAGGGGGCUUGCAUACUCCAUGCUGGUCCUCCUUCUCUGGGCACUGGCCUGCCUUUACUCCUCCUCUGUCACAAACACGGUGGUCUGGCAUAUCCACCCCUAUCAGCUGUGCAUGAUUCACGAAUCCUCUGUAGUAACUUACUUCAGCAUUGGACUCUGCUUACUCACUCUGUGUGUACUGAUAACAUUCCGCCAAGAAGCAACCGUGUGGAUCAGAGAAAGCCACAAGUACACAGACUCUUGUCCAACCCUUAAACAUAGUGAUCUGACCUUCACGUAUAAGAAGGUUCAGGACCUGCAUAUUGAAGGGGUGAGUCCAGCUUUCUCCUGGACAGGGCAGGACAGGAUGAAUGGAUCAGCGUUCUUACUCAGCCUUGUCUUUGGGUUCGCAACCAGCUGGGGCCCCUUUCUCUUCAUUACUACAGCCUUCUGGCUCCUAGACUUCAAUGCUCCCUCUUACAUCAGCUUUAAUCUCCUCUGGCUGAUGUGCGCCAAUAGCCUGGUGGUUGGAGUGAUCUUCGCAUCCUGUGGCAAGGCAUCGGGACUAUCUGUCUUGACCCUCGAUGAAAUCUGCGACUGGGAGAUGUGCCGGGCGCUUGUCCGCCAGGAUCGGCUUGCUCGUGGCAUCUCUACCAUCUCCGAGAAGACAAGAGCGGCCAUCUUGCGUGUGUGACCACUAGACAGCAGAGAUCACAUUCGAUUGCAGUGGACCUCUGUUCCAGCUAGGAAGUGUGCUAGGUCACGUCAGAAGCUCACGCACAUCAGCUUCUAGAUGAUUUGGAGCAUCUGGAGAAAAUCCAACUUCAACCUAAACACGAGAAUCCCUUCGGAAAGGCCAGUCUGUGGAAGCAGCUCAUCAGUAGUGUCCAAUAGUGGGUAGACUCCAAAAAAUUAGACACAAGUAUCUUUAUGAUGACAAAAAUAAAACUGAGGAAUGUUCUGCACAAAAACUGGAAGAUUAAAUGGUCUGAUAACAUGCACGUUUACCAACUUUCAACCACAGAUGAAAGGGUCUAAGUUUGGGGACAGAAAGGUUUUAUGUUAUUGUGCAGCGACGUACCUGAUCUCUGAGCACAUUUGGAGUGUUUCCCUCUGGUCACUUGGCAAAAGCACACAUGGGAUUCUACAUUUUGUAACUUACAAAAUAUUUUUGUAUUUGAAUUCAACAUAAUUGCAAAAAAGUGUAACAUAAUAAAAUUGCAUAUGUCAC